AUGGACGGCACAAUACGUCAAUCUACGGAACAAUCCAGCCUAACCAUUAGCAACUUGGAAACUAAAGUCGAUUACCUAGAGCAACAAGCCAGACAAUGCAACAUCGAAAUCUGUAACAUUCCUGAAACUCGCAGUGAAAACUUUUUAAACAUAAUGGGAUCGAUUAGUAUGGCUAUUAACUUUCCAAUUUCUCAGAAAGAUAUCCUGUCAAUCCAUAGAGUUCCCCAUGCUCACCGUCAAACAAAUAAGCCCAAGAAUGUUAUUGUGAAACUUUCAUCGCGCAUCCUUCGUGACAACGUACUAGCGGCUUUUCGUAAGGUGAAAACUCUCAAGACCGACCAACUAGGUCUCACCGGAUCGACAAUGACCGUAUAUAUGAACGAGCAUCUUACACUGAAGAAAAAACAAUUAUUUCGUAAAACCAGAGAUCUCGCCGCUAUGCACCAAUACAAGUAUGUCUGGGUUCGGAAUGCCACUAUUUUGGUGCGCGAGCAAGAUGGUGAUACUGCUUUUGCUAUCCGCACAGAUGAUGAUCUUCGUAAGAUCAAAAGCCGUACUAAAGGUGGUAAUAAAAGCGCUUGUGGUGGUUCUACUCAACAUAUUCAGUAA